GCCGGCGAGCGGCAGAGGCGGCGGCAGCGGCGGGAGGGCCGGGGCCGGCGGGGAAGAGCGAGGUCCGCCAUGGGGACGCAGGGGACCGGGCGAAAGCGGCUGCCGAACCGGGAGCGCCUGACGGCGGAGGACGAUGCGCUCAACCAGAUCGCCCGUGAGGCUGAAGCAAGACUUGCAGCAAAGCGAGCGGCACGGGCAGAGGCACGGGAGAUCCGAAUGAAAGAACUGGAGAGACAGCAGAAAGAGAUCUAUCAAGUUCAGAAGAAAUAUUAUGGUCUGGAUACUAAAUGGGGAGACAUCGAGCAAUGGAUGGAAGACAGUGAGCGUUAUUCCCGUAGAGCCCGAAGGAAUGCCUCGGCUUCGGAUGAAGAUGAGCGCAUGUCAGUGGGUAGCCGUGGAAGCCUGAGGGCUGGAUUAGAGAAUGAGAGGACCAAAAAGAAGAACUACUCCAAAGCAACCAAUGGUUAUGAGGAAGAUGUGUAUGGAUCAUCCCAGAGUAGAAAAUCUAGCAGGCCCUCCUUGCUGUACAGCGAUGCCCUGCCAGCCAGAAGUUACAGGGCGUCUGUGUAUGACGAGAGCGUUUACAGUGGGAGUCGUCGGUAUAGUGCCUCUAGUUCUCGUGCUCCUUCCGAGUACAGCUGCUACCUUGGUUCAGGAUCUCGGGCAUCUUCAAGAGCCAGCUCUGCUCGGGCCAGUCCAGUGAUUGAGGAAAGGCCAGAAAAAGACUUUGAGAAGGGAGCGCGUACUGUCUCAAGUUUAUCAGCAGCUACCUUAGCUUCUCUGGGUGGGACUUCUUCACGAAGAGGCAGUGGGGAUACAUCCAUCUCAGCUGAUACAGAAGCAUCUAUUAGAGAAAUAAAGGACUCUCUAGCCGAAGUUGAAGAGAAGUAUAAAAAGGCUAUGGUGUCAAAUGCUCAACUAGACAAUGAAAAAACAAAUUUCAUGUACCAAGUAGAUACCCUGAAGGAUGCACUCUUAGAGUUAGAAGAACAGCUGGCAGAAUCCAGGCGGCAAUAUGAAGAAAAAAGUAAAGAAUUUGAGAGGGAGAAGCAUGCUCAUAGCAUAUUGCAGUUUCAGUUCACAGAAAUCAAAGAGGCUUUGAAGCAAAGAGAAGAAAUGCUUGCAGAAAUCCAACAGCUGCAACAGAAACAGCAGAGCUAUGUCAGGGAAAUUUCUGAUCUUCAGGAGACAAUAGAGUGGAAAGACAAAAAAAUAGGGGCAUUAGAGAGGCAGAAAGAUUUCUUUGAUUCCAUAAGGAGUGAGCGGGAUGACCUUAGAGAUGAAGUGGUUGUGCUGAAGGAGCAACUGAAGAAACAUGGAAUAAUCCCAGACUCUGACAUAGCCACCAACGGGGAGACGUCAGACAUUCCUGAUAAUGAAGGACACUUGGAUUCUUCCAAGACUGUUCCAGGCACAACUCAGGCAUUAAAGGCAGGAGGAGAUGGGACGCUAGGCAAAGCCAAUGAAGUGGACAUGAAAAAUGAGAUUUUGGAGGAUGUGGGGAAAAGAGAAAUCUUGCAGAAUACUGAGCAUGAGGAACACAGAGAGGAGUCUGAGGAGCAGGAAGUACAGACAUUGCAUGCUGAUGAAAAUGCAAAGGCAGAAAAAAUGGUUGAAGAAUGUGAUGCCUUGUCAACAGUGAUGUUAUCAGACAGUAGGUGUACAGAACAAAUUGUAAGCCUUACUGAACGUGUAUCAGGGAGCACUUCUUCAAAUGGUGAUAGUGACACAGAUGAUUUGAGAAAGGUCCAGCAGCCUGUUAGUAUGGAGGCUGAACACUGUGACUUAAAUGCAAGGAUAAAUCAGAACUCUGAUCUGGGUGCUCUGCAAGUUCAUCGGAUUUUUGAGACUCCUCAGGAAAUGCAUGGUGACUUCAGUACAGAGCAUGAACUGGAAUACGCUGCACCCAAACAGGAAGAACAAGAGGAUCUUAAAACUAGGUGUGCCUUGAGUGAUAAUGAAAUGGAUCAAGAAGCUGACAUUACAAGUGAGAGCUGUGAGCUGGUUUCUGACCAGGCAGGGCUACCAGAGAUUACACUAGCAGGCAUGCUUAGCAAAGAGGUAAAUGUGGAGAGUCACACUGAAGAACUCCAGCAUUCAGAAGAAAGUGCUGAAAACAAGGUUACAAAUGUCUUGGAGGAAAAACUUGCUGAAAGCAAAGGCUGCACUGAUGCAAGAACCGAUGAAACGGCAGGUUAUAGAGCUGAAGAAGAAAAUGAGGUUGGAAACGCAGCUCAGAUUCAGACAAGGGAAACAGAGUCUGUGGGUUUGGAGGAGACACGACGAUGUGAAAGUGGUGUCCCAGCAGAUACAACUGAAAAGGAAGGUGGAGGAUAUCAGGCACAUAUCCAACCAGUUUUUUCAGAGGACAGUUCUUCAGCAUCAUCAGAGGAACAAAACAUGCAAAAUAAAACUGAGCUUGAAAAUGCUACGGCUAAAAUGGACAGACAGAAGGCAGUAUUAGUAAAAGAGUUAGAGAUGUGUUCAGAUUCUGCAGGAACAGGUAGGCAAGAUAAGGCAUCUGUGGAGGCUGUAGGCUGUAUUACUGAGGGAAAAGAAAGUGUGCUGCAGCAGGCAGAGCCAGACACAGACGUUGUGAAGGAGGCGAUGGCUCAGGAAACCAGUUUAGACCCAAGUCUUUUAGAUGACAAAAUUAAGAAGUCAGAAUUGGAAACAGGGGAUGAGUCUGGGAAGGAAAAGGGAAGUAGGAGAGAAUGGGUAGAAGAUUUAAAGCCAGAGGUAGAAGUUCAAACAGUUCAGUGUAAUGAAGAAACAAUGGGGGAUACAGUGGGAGAGAAAAAUACCCCUUUAGACCACGAAGUGCAGAAUGUAGUUAAACAAGAGGAAGGUGAAUCCAAAGAGGAGUCAGCUGUAGUUGUUAGUGUAACUGCUGAAAACAAAGUUGAUAAAGAAACACUGGAAGAAAAUGAGCAAGACUUAAAGCUUGCAGGCCACCAUGGUGGUGGAUUUGUUUCUGAGGAAGGUGCAGAUAAUUCCCUGGCACAGAAAGCAGAGCAGGAUGAAAAUGUUAGUGAAAAAGUUGAACUGGAGGGUCAAGCAGAGGAAGGACUGGAAGAUGAUGGUGAUGCAUUUGAUUUUGAUGAGGAGUCAAAACAGAUACUAGAAACUGGUGAAAAAUGUGAUGGAGAGAAAGCUGAUACACAGAAAGAAGAGGGUGGUGGAGCAAAUGGUGCUGUUGGAAAAAUUGCCCAAACAGGUGAAGCUGGAGAAGGAACAAACAAAAUAGAAACUGAAGAUGACAGCUUGCAGCAUAAAGAAGGAGAUGAGCUUGAAGAAACAGGGCUCUUGCAAGGGGAAUCAUCAUGGAAAACUGAUGAGAAGACUGAUGUGAUGGAAGAUGAAAUCAAAUCAUCAAACUCUACUAAAGUGGGAAAAAUACCAGAUGAAAAAGUUUUGGAACAGGAUUUGGAAAGUGCUGACAAUAACAAGGAUGAAAGCAAGGAGGAUUUGCAGGGUGGUAGAAGGGGUAAGGGUAAAUCCAGAGAUGACUGUACAAUAUCAUAAGUUCAAAGUCUCAAGACUACAUGAGUUAUAUGCCAUUUGAUCAGCCCCAGUACAGAAGCAUGCACUUUGCACAAUACAUCAGACCUUAGGAAUACGCUUAAAGUUUUGUCUUUAUAGGUAACUCUCAUCAUAAUACAACGUUAUAUGAAGUGGUAAUUAUGCAAGUAUUAAAUUAUUCACUGACAUACCUAGCCAUAAGUAAUCGUGCAUGGGUUUGGUUUGCUGUUUCUCAGGUUAAAAGUUUUAUCACCAAAAGAGCAAGCUUUGCAAAUCAACUAUUCAGACUGUCUUGCAAUUAAAGUACUUUUAGUGUGGAUAACUGCUGCUGAGGAAUUUCUAUAGGAAAUUAUAUUUUUGUCUAGCCUAGAUGAUAGGUGUCUUGAAUGUACUUAUGUGCAUUGGACCUUUGAACUUAUAUGCAUACUUCUGCGUACUUACAUGCAUUAGGUCUACAGGAAGCACAUUAACACUUCAUGAAGGAACUCGGUAGAUCAGCAACACUGAUCUGAUGUUGAAACUUCUUUCUGCAUUAUUAAAGCCUUGGAACCAAUUUAUUUUUUACUGUGGAAAAGAUACUCUUAUUUCACUUGGUGUGUAUUUCUAAUAUGGUCAUAUUCCAAAGUAUAGUUAGAUCACUGUGAAUCUGCAUAGUCUAAACACUUUGGAAGAACAGUUUGAGGAAAAUGUAACAUACAGGUCUUAGUUUGCUGAAAGGAAUGAAUAUAUACGUGUUUACUUCUAGGCACUUUGUACCACAAUAGGCCUUUUGCACCAUGUCUCACAUGGGUUUAUUUUUUCUGAAGAAAGUGUCAAUAUACACUGUAAUGUGUACUUCAACUUGCUAUCAAGUACUGCCUAGCUAUGAAUAUAUUAAAUAUCUAUUUUUCCAAGUAUAUUUUUGUUUAAAGUUGCAUUUCCUUACUGCAUUGUAUUUUUUUUGAAAACUAUGAUUCUGAAAGAAUGUUUUUGUCUCUGAAAAAUUCUUACCUCUUCCUUUCUGGAAAGAAGAUGACUUUGCAUGUCUUAAUUCUUGUUGGAUAUUGGACCAAAGACGAUUGUUGUGUAUACUAGCCCCCAUGCCUUUUUGAAAAGCUGGAUUGCUUUGAAUUACUGGUAUUGAUUAGACCCUUUGAUACCAUUGGUGUAUAUUUUUUCUUGCAUCAUUGAUAGUGUUCGGGAUGCGUAUUUUAAGUAUGCAUAUUUUGCAUACUUAAAACAAGGUUAAAUGAAUUUUUUAAGCAAUGAAUGUCCCAGGGAAAUGGGGAUUGAGGAGCUGGGGAGGGGGCUAUGGAAGGCUGUACUUUGUGUUGAUGUUACACAGUUGAUGAAGCACAGACUGCAAAAUUUCAAGAUGUAUAUCAAAAUGUACUGAGCUGUAUAUAAUUGAAAUAAACAUAUUUUAUACUUUCAA